AUGUCUCUCCUUCAUAACGAAGAUUUUACAAUAUGGCAGCUUCGCACGUCGUAUCUCUCUACAAUUAAGGACGGGAUAGGCGACCGGCUUAUCAACGUCAACCAUUCUGUCCUCAACACCCCUGGGUUUCGCGCAGCAGGUUGGCCCUCAGCUUCCGCAAAUCAUGGCACACAACUCGGGGCCAGUAUUAAGCGAACAUAUUCUCCUCCAAUUCCCACAACGACUGCCGUGUCAUCCGAGUAUUACCAACUGGGCACUAGGGACACAAAUGAUGCCCAGAGAUUUGGGUUUGGUGAGGAUGCCGAAGAUGAGGAGGGGGGUAUGGUGACUGGCAAAACUGGUACGGAUGUGAUCGGACGCAUUGGACGAAGUGGGAAACGGACCCAUCGAGGAGAACGUCAGCAGCGAGAGCAUCAGAAGGCAAGAGACGAGGAGGAGGACAGCAGUGACUUGAGUGAUGAAAGCGAUGACGAUGGCGAUUCUACACAAAGGCCUAGCCAUCAGAUUAAGUUUACAAAAAUGCCGGUACGAAUCAGGGCAGAUUCAUCGCCUAUAAGGGCGACUGAUCGUCAGGACCGGCCGCAAGUUAUGGUCACGUCGCCUUCAUAUCCGUCAUUGAUGGCCCAUUAUCGAACGGGUUCGCUAGGAACAGCUCCCAGUAUCAACGAGCGUCGGAGACGCGAUACAACGACCACAACUAGCAGUGACAUGUCUUCAGACAAUGAACUUGCCUCAUCGGGCUUCAAAAGGCGGCAGAUCCAGUUUUCUGGUUGUGAUCAAGUGAUAGAACCUCCCAUAGCAGGCCAUGUGAAAUCUGGGAAUACUGGACUAAAGGGGCUAGACGAACAAGCUGAAGAUUCAGGGGCUGAAUCGGUGGAGUCGGCACUUUCCUCAGAAUUUGAUGCCACGGCCGGGUCUGCCUCACUAUUGGAAGGAGUUGGUAUUACCGGCAGUCUGAAUUCGUCAUCGCCCAUUGCUUUGAUGCACAAGUUACAGAAUACAGCGAGUUCACAGGCUGUUUCCCCGAGGAAACCAAAAACACCAGCACCCGAGCUACAGGAUUUACCCCCUCCACGCCCAAUUAGCACGCUAGAGCCUGUUAGUCUGCUAUCUAAAGCUCUCAAUGCCCGCAAACAAGCGCCGACAAACCCCGUGGAGAAGUUUGCCGUGCUCUCAGGCAAGGGCUUAACCGAUUCAUUGAAUAUCCGGUUAUACAUUCCAUUCUCGUCCGACCCCGAAGAGCCGCUUGAUCUACCGCUAGCCCGGGAAUCGAAACUGGCUGAUCAACCGGCUCCUGUGACUGUUGUUGAAGCUAUUGGACUUGCUCUCUGGAGAUACUCUGAAGAGCGCCGUGAGCCAUCAAUCGAGCGUAGCAAACUCACUGUGAAUAGAUGGGCGCUUCGAAUGGUGGAAGAUGGGGAGGUCGAAUAUGAUUUCCCCGCGUUGGCUCGGAUGUCUGCCAUCGCCGACUUUACCUCAAAUAACAACCGCGCCGCGGGGGCACGGGGUCGAUCCAGGGGCAAGCAGUACGACGAGUUUGCCUUGGUGGAGGCUUCUGACUCCGAGUUUGAGGAGAAUGAACGCCUAUAUCCGAUAUACAACGUGUCUGCCCCCGCUGAAGAGACCGGUGAUGCGCCUGCAGUACCCAGUGUUACCGCAGGCCCACCCGCCGCGCUCGCGCAGAGCAAAACGUCUCGUCUAAACCCGAUCCUUGGACAACCAUUCUCAUCGGCACUGAAUGACAAUACCCUUACACCUGCAGAUCGACCAGCGGUGCCUACUUCUCAUGCCACGCCUCGCCUCGGAAUCUCUAAGACGUUGAAAAUCCGCUUCAUCAACCUGGAGGGAUCGACGCAGGUUACCACGCUGAACACCUCGACGGACAGCUACAUAGCCGAAAUUUUGGACUCCGUUUGCAAACGAUGGGGGUUGGAUAAGGGGAACUACCUGCUCAAAGUGAUGGGAUCUAACACCAUCGCUCCGCUGGAUCGUACCGUGGAGGCAUUGGGAAACAUCACAGAACUGGAUCUCGUGCGACGGCGCUUUGGUCCGCAACUGACGGGAUCGCCAGGCAGCUCGUCACCCAACGCACCGCUCCUGGUUGAGAAUCCUGCUGUGCCGAGCAAGAAGGGCAAGAAGAGUGGACAACGCAUGCUGCACCCGCUUAACCAGAAGCAAGAUCUCAUUGGAGGGUAUUAUCGACGUUACUACGUCCUUCGCAAGCAAUCGAUGGGAUUCACGACGUCGAACCACCGGAUCCUUACCUUUGAUAACGACUACAUGCACAUCAUGCCUGGGGACACGGGCAAAACGGGGUCGGACACCAAGACGCGGUCGAUCAGCUUUAACGACGUUGUAGGAUGCAAAGUGAGCCGACGCCAUCCGAAGAACUUCCGAGUUGUUGUGCUGCGCGGGAACGAUGCGACAGAGCAGAAACGAUAUGACUUUGAAGCCCGGAAUGCGCUUGAAGCGGGGGAGAUUGUGGAUGAGAUCAAGAAGAACAUGGCGCAUUACCGGAUUUGA